AUGAAACAUGUGACUGUUCUGUUAUUGGUAGCAGCCAGUGCCAUCUGCGUGGUGGGGCAGGGCAUACCUAUAGCUAAGUGCCCAGAAGGGGAGCAUUCAGUGUUAUACUGCCCGCAGAAAGCCGAGCCAUCCUGCGAUAAUCCGACUGUACACGACCUGCCCAAAGGGUCGUUCGGAGCUUGCGGUAUACCCGACUGUUUCUGCAAUUCACCCACUGUCCGGGACGCAAGGAGCCAACGAUGCGUCGUGUUGUCUGAUUGCCCA